UUUGGGGAAUUUUGUGGAACUUCCAGAACUGACAAGAGUGAGCGCAGGCAGUGGCUCGCUGGAAUUUUAAGCCUGCAAUAAAAUUUACUCUACAGCUCAAAGAUGUCAGUGCAUUUCAACAAGGGACCUGCGUACGGACUCUCAGCAGAGGUGAACCGCAAGAUUGCCCAGAAAUAUGAUCCACAAAAAGAUGAGGAUAUUCGGCGAUGGAUUGAAGAUGUUACUGGAGUCACUCUUACUGAAAACCUAAUGGAUGGGCUGAAGAAUGGAGUCGUACUGUGCAAGCUUAUUAAUAAACUGCAGCCUGGCUCAGUGAAGAAAAUUAACGAAUCCCCACAGAACUGGCAUCAGUUGGAGAAUAUCGGAAACUUUCUCAAAGCAAUCGCAAAAUAUGGUGUGAAGCUUCACGACAGCUUUGAAGCCAACGACUUAUAUGAGAAUUGCAACUUGACCCAAGUUCAGACCACACUCAUGGCCCUGGCUAGCUUGGUGAGUGAAUCCGCAGUGACCACCUUAAUCAAAAUGCCCUGCAAUUAUUUAAUAGAAUAUCUGAUCCACUCAUCACUUGAGGCUAAGGUGAUCUCUUAUUUCACACAGGCGAAGACGAAAGGGUACCACACUAAAUCGGACAUCGGUGUGAGAUAUGCAGAGAAACAGCAACGUGUUUUUAAUAGUGAGACACUGAAAGCAGGACAGAACAUCAUUGGACUUCAGAUGGGGACAAAUAAAUUUGCCAGCCAGCAGGGUAUGACAGCCUAUGGCACCAGAAGGCAUCUGUAUGACCCUAAAACUGGAGUGGAGAAGCCCCUUGACCAGACGACCAUUAGCCUCCAAAUGGGAACCAACAAGGGGGCAACACAGGCUGGAAUGACAGCCCCAGGGACACGGAGACACAUUGUCGAUAACAAGCUGGGCACUGAAAAAUGUGACUCCAGUAUCGUGUCACUACAGAUGGGAACAAACCAGGGGGCCUCACAGAAAGGAAUGACUGUGUAUGGGCUGAGCCGCCAGGUAUUUGACCCCAAGUACUGCUCCAUUUCCAACUUCCCCAACGACGAUGGCAUCCUGUUGGCAAGUGGCUCGGAAUGCAGUGAGGGUGACUACCCAGCAGAGUACAAAUACAAUCAGCACACAGAUGCCAAUCGCCGCAGGCAAAUCUAUCAGGACUUUGAGUAAGAACAUAGUGAGACCGCUCAACAGACUGAUUUGUACAAAUGUGCAUCGCAGCCUUACAUACCCCUUCACCCAAUGCUCAGUACUAGGGCCCCAUCUACCAGGUGUUAAACCCUGGUCACAGCAGCACAGAACACUUCCCUGCCAAUGCACACUGCUGCAGAAACCUAUGGCCAGCUCCAGUGCCAAAAAUGAGUUGGCAGCUACGCCCAUUUUUCUAUCCAUCUGAGUCAGUGAUGGGCCAGCUAAUGAACUCUUAAAACAAUCGGAGAAAGCAGGCUAAUGCAAUCAUUGGCAAAAGGCCAUGAAACUAUUGGGUUAGAUCUAGUUUAAGAAGCUUCAAUGUAUCAGGUCUUGUAUAGCAAUCCCAAGUCUUCAGUAACAUACUCAGAAUGAGUUUCCCCCAAGUGCUAUUAUUAAACUCUGAUAUUUUGUACAAUACUGGAUAUCCAAUCCCAAUAUAUACAAUGUAAUUUACUGAUCCACCAUUCAUUCCCACUGUCCACCUGUCACAGUGACCCAUCAUUUAUUCCAACACUGCCAUGUUGUAUAAUUGACAGUAUGAUACUGGUGGAUUUAAAUAUACAAUCCCUGUAAAAGAUGGAUCAGUGCAAUGCCCAGUAUCACUGGGGAUGUGGGCUGUUUUGUCAAGCCAGCUUUGAUAAUUUGUUGAACUUCCAUCAUGGUAAAGUCUAUGCUGCUAAGCAAAAACUGAGAGAACCAUAAAGGGUUAAUCCAUCUUAAACAACUCAACAUUAAUCCAGUAGCUACAGCAAAAGCAGAAAAUGAUGGAUGUACUUUAGAAGCAGUUAGAUUAGUUUCUAGAAUUAGAAGUGCUUUCUUUUUUUUAAAAAAGGCGGUGCUUUAAGUAUCUAUACCCACUAUAACCACUAGUUGAAAAGAGAUCAAGAACUCCCUUUGCACAGAGACAUUUGCCUUUCCAAACUCAACAAACCCCCAGGUUUCGGCAUACAUCAGAGUCAGACUCUGCAAGAAGAGCACAGGCUGAGAUCAGGCCUUGGAACUUCCCUUCAGCCAGCUCACCAGUUGUACAGAACCACCCCCAACAAAAGGACGCAUUUUAAGUGUCAGGUAAACUGAGGGUAAUAUUUAUAUUCAAUAAAACUGUGAUAGCAUCAGCAGCAGGGCUAUAACAUGUACAAACAUUUUGUCACUUGGUUCAUUGUGAAGAUGCGAAUAAAAUGUAGCUGACCAAGGCCUGAAAUCAGAUGCAGCCAGUGAGCACCUCUCUCAUAACAGACCCUUAUCAGCUCAAAACUGGCCAUAACUGUCUCUGGCCAAGCUUCAGCUGCGUCCUGUCUCUCUGCACGGACCCAGCAAACACUGGGCGUAAGUAUCUGUACCAAUUUCCCAGUUUAAGGUCCACCUGGCUGCCACUGCAGAAUAAGUCAUCAGGUAGUGCAAGACUGAUAAAUAGAAUUACACUGGCGUUUAAUCAACAUAUCUGGAAACCUUCAGACACCAUCAAUUCUUUGUUUGAUGAACUGUGUUCAGGGCAAUGUGAUAGUUUGACACCAGUUACUGAACUGUUAACCAUCUCCUGUGACUAAUUAAAAGGCCUCUUACUGCAGGAAGCUUAAUGCGAAAUGUCUGUUGUUGUCCUACUCCAGAGCACACCAAGCUUAA